AUGAAGACGACCGCAGCAACACUCGCCUUGACGGGCAGCGCCGCGGCGCAGAUGAUGGCAGGCUACGUCCCAUCCUCCCAAUUCCUCGCCUCCAACCCCGGCGGCGCCAUCCCCGCAGGCGUCCAGGCGCCUUCGCAGCAGGGCUUCAGCAACGCGACCAUCCACCCAUCUCGCGGCGGUCUCGCAGUCUGCGUCUCCGGUCUCGUUCCCGUUCAGGCUACGGCCAUGAACAUGCGCUUCAAUCUCUCCCUCCCCACGAACCAGAGCCAGGUUACCGAAAUGUUUGUCGAGUCGGUCACGAGCGGAAGCAUGGCCAUGCAGAAGAUCAUGGAGGGAACGCAGAUGAUCAACGGGAGCUACCAGAUCGGCGCCACGCUGUGCACGCCUGCGAACAACACCAAGCCUAGUGGUGUGCAAAUCCUCACCCACGGAAUCGGGUUCGAUCGCAGUUACUGGGUACGCUUGAUUUCCCAAGACAGUGGCAGGGGAUGAGUACUGACAGGAUGGCUGUGACAGGACUUUGCCCCAGGCUACAGCUACGUCGACGUCGCCACACAAAACAACUACGCCACUUUCUUCUACGACCGCCUCGGAGUCGGCAUGUCCUCGAAGCCAGACGCGAUCUCUGUCGUGCAAUCCUUCAUGGAACUCGAAAUCGCCAACGUCCUUGCCAAGAACCUGAAGAACGGAACGUACUCUGGCCUCAGUUUCCAGAAGGUUGUUGGCGCAGGCCAUUCCUUCGGUAGUGUCAUCACCGAAGGCAUUACCGCGAAAUACCCCACCACUCUCGGUACGUUGCACUAAUCAUCACGAUUAUUCAUCACCACGACUACGAAGGAAGAUGUAUUGCUAACAUGCGAUAUCAGACGGCGCCAUCCUGACCGGCUUCUCCACCAACUCCACCGCCAUGCCCACCUUCCUCCAAGCCCUCAACCUCGCCAUCGCCUCCCAAAACGCCCCCUACCGCUUCUCCUCCCCGGACCUCACCAACGGCUACCUCGUCUCCUCCUCGGCCAUCUCCACCCAGAUCGGCUUCUUCCGCGCCCCCGGCUUCGACCCCGCCAUCCUCAACCUCGCCGAGGCCACCAAGGGCACCGUCACGCUCGGCGAGCUCCUCACCACCACCGCCGUCGUCCUGCCCGCGUCCAACUACACCCGCCCCGUCGCCGUCGUCAACGGCGACAACGACUUGCCCUUCUGCUUCGGCAACUGCUCCUACCCUACCAACCAGGCCCAGGCUGCCCUCACCAUGCUGUAUCAGAAUUCGAACGCGACGGGCACGUACUUGGCCCCGACUACCGGGCAUGGCUUGAACUUGCAUUACUCUGCUGUCGCGGCGUAUCACUACAUACAGGACUUUGUCAAUGAGAACGUCGGCACGUCGUAG